CGGCAUGCAUCAUUUAGCUCUGCAGUAUAUUAAAUCUUUCCCCGAAAACGACGAGUUGAACGACGUCAAAUUCGACUGUUUGGCUUACCUCGGUGACUGGAGUGAAAUUGUCGAUACUAUAGAACUAGAGGAAAAAACCAAACAGCCGCUAUGGAACCCCGAUGUUGUUAUAAAAUCGCUUCGAUAUGCAUGUUUAAAGGAGAGUCUGAACGCGGAUCCCAAUCAAAAUUACCUAGCUAGGCUGGAAGUUUCACUCAAUAGGGCUAAACUUGAUUCAUCGAAAUUGUGCCGUAUUCUUAAUAUGGAUAACUGUCAAAGUGUUUAUAAAGUAGUCGCUAAUUUGCAUUUACUACGUGAUAUACAAGACUACUGUUCACUGAGGCGCGGACACACAGACCUGGCAGAGUUACUUAAUCGUUGGCAAGUUGAUAAAUUACCGUCAUUCAAAAAUUUCAAGCAUCUUGAAACUCUUCUGUCGCAGCGUAGUCUUAUACUAGAAAAUGCAGCUAAACAUUAUGAAAGUUUCUCUAAAGAUAUUGUAGAUUUACAGUUGCAAUAUGUUGAAAUGGGGCUUACUAACCAAAGAGUACAAAUGGCGCAACGACUUGUAGAAUCCGUAAAGAAAAUAAGUGUUACAAAAAAAGUACGUUUAGUCGAAAGUCAAGUUGCGUGGGCGAAGGGGCACAAGGACAUCGCGCUGGCGACGCUGCACGGCGCACUCAUUGUCUUGUAUAUGAAUUCAGCUGUUUUUGAAAAGAAAGUGAAAUGCAUUGAUAGUUUGAAAGGGACAGCAGCGUCAUUAAAACAGGCACACACACGUUUGACAAUAGAUGAAAAGAAAACUUUACUUACAACCAAUCGUUUCAUGGAGUUUGAAGAGGCCGAGGUGUCUAAUACCAGAGCAGAAAAGAAUAGUUUUCUUAACUUAGCCUUGAGAUACUACAUGCUGUCAUUGAAGCAGUGCGAAGACAACAACUUAUCAAUAUUCCGAGUGAUAUCGCUGUGGUUUGAUAAUCCAGAGUUUGAGUUCAGUGAUUCUGGAGACAGCUUCCGCGACCUGCUGAAUACUAUACCUUCGUGGAAAUAUAACGAAAUUUGA